AUGGCCUCGUCCCUGUCCGAUCGCGGUUGGCUCUUCGUCCGAUCGUCCGAUCGCGGUUGGCUGCCGUCCGACGGCCAGUCCCUCUCCAGCGACUUCGAGUCGGCGGAGGCGGCCAUCGCGGGGAAGGGCUGGGAGCGGUCGUUGGGCUGGAAGGUCGUCAAGGCGCGCCCGAGGGCCAGCGACGGUGGCGUGACGUACUACACGCUCAGUUACUGCUGCUACAAGUCGCGGCGGGACCGCAUGGCGAAGAAGUCGCCCAACGCCGCCCGCGCGAGCGGCCCCGCGGAGCUCAGCGCCGACGAGGCGCACGCGCUCGCGGCGUGCGGCAGCCUCCCGCCGUGCCCCGAGGGGUUCGAGCUCAGCUUCAUCGACGGCGGAUCGAUGGCCCACGCGCUCAAGACCGCGAAGCACGGCCCGCGGCGCGAGCCGUCGACGCACUGGGCCUCUCCCACAGCCCUGCGCGACGGCGGAGACCGCGCCCACGCCAACCACGGCGUCUACAGCUCCGACUUGGUCACGCCCGACGGCACGCGCAUCCCGGUCGAACGCGACAACCACUUCCCGACCUUCGCCGUCUCCAUCUUCAGCGAGGGCCAGCUCGAGGAGCAGGGCUACCGGUUCCACACGACGGAGUCCGCCCGGGGCCUCUCCAAGUUCAUGAUCACGCCCGCGGGCGACGAGGUCAAGCUCAUGACCUGGCGGAACCUCAAGAUGGUCUACGUCCGGGCCGUCGCGCCCCAGCCGGCGCCCGAGGGCCUCAGCGCCGCGGCCGUCUCCGAGCCGCCCUGGCCCGAACCACAGCCGCGCGUCGAGGCCAUGGAGAUCUUCGCCGGGUUCGGGUCCAUGUCGCGCGCGCUGCAGGACGGCGGCGUCUCCAUCGUCGCCACCUGCGAGAACGACCCGCGCAAGGCGGGCGCCCUCGCGAACAACCUUCCCAACGUCCACAACUACGGCGACAUCCACGACGACUCCAUCGUGGGCCACGUCUGGAACCCGCGGAGCGUCAGCGCCAUCGCCGCCGGCGUCGAAUGCCAGGACUACAGCAAGGCCGGCGCCCGGCGCGGCCUCGGAGGGCCCAAACGCCGCACGCUCGAACGCUUCGCGCACGUCGUGCGCUGCAUCGGCCCGCACCUGCUGCUCGUCGAGAACGUGUGGCCGUUCGUCGUCAUGCUCGGCCUGGCCUACCUCGUGUCGCUCCUCUCCGCCCCCAGGCGGAACGGCGAGUCGCGAUACAUCCUGCGGCUCCCCACCGGCGUCGAGGAGGCGGAGCUCAGCAAGAGCUCGCUGCACGGCCCGGUCGGCGGCGGCGGCGACGACGACGUCCCGGACGCGCCCGCGCUCGCGGCGCCCGCGCCCGACGGCGACGGCGGCGGCGUCGAGGACGGCGACGACGACGACCCGGACGUGCCCGCGCUCGCGGCGCCCGCGCCCGAGGGCGACGACGGCGGCGACGACGACGAGGAGGAGGAGGAGCUCGCGGAGGACGACUUCACGGGCUGCGGCGGCGACCUCGUGGACUGGACCCCGAAGGUCACGCUGCGCAGGCCGCGCGGCGCGGGCGCCGCGGCCGAGGCCCGGCGCAGGAAGCGCUCGAGCUUGGGCCACCGCACCAUGGACGCGCUCGCGGCGCUCAAGCGCGGCGCCAUGCGGCUCAUCGGCGCGGUCGGCGGCGCCUCGCGCCGCCGUCGCCACCAGUCCGGGCACCGGGGCGACGACGGCCGGGAAGACAACCGGAGAAGAGACGAGGAGAACCGACGGGCGCGCGUCGAGGAGGUCACGGAGCGCAACGCGAGGCGGUACCAGCCCAUGAUCGACCGCCUCCGCGGCCACCUGACCGCCGAGACGACGUACAAGCUCAGCUUGGCCUACGACCCGGAGGACCCGGACUCGCGCCUCGAGAUGUCCGACUCGGAGCUCCGCCGGACGCGGACCAAGGCGGAGUGCGUCGAGCGGUUCCUGCGCUACCUCCGCGACUUCAACACCGGCGAGCCAGGGUCGCUCACGGCGAUGGAGUGCGCGCAGAAGGCGGCCGACGAGGCCUACGGCAAGGUCGGCGCCAGGACGGUCAUGGGCUACUUCCGGAACCAGUACCUGCCCUCCGAGGGCUACUUCCUCGCCGACGAGCGGGGCAGCUACCUCCGCGACUCGUGGACGAGCUGCUUCCUGAGCCAGGACGACCUCGUGCUGCGGCUGAACCUCCUCGUCCGCGCGAACCUGCGCACGAUGUCCUUGGAGAAGCUCGCGGAGCUCAUGUCGGAGGUCAUGAUGAUGAAGAUCACGGACAACUUCGACGGCGGCGCCCCCACGGGGAGCAAGACGAUCCGCUCGACGCGCGCCACGACCGUCGAGCCGGACUGGUACGUCGACGGCGACGUCGACGGCGACGUGCGGGGCUUCUUCUGGAAGCGGUACGGCCUGUCGUGGCCCAUCAAGAAGGGCCACGGCGUCUACACCAUCGCCCACUCGGACAAGAUCCAGCUCGAGUACCGCGACCGCAAGAAGUCGUACAUGACGGACGUCCACGAACGCGCGGCGGACGACCGGAACAAACGAUUUUUGCCGCUCGAGAAGGAGAUGGAGGUGCUCCAGCACAAGUGGAUCCAGCUGUCCUUGGAGGAGGCGGAGAAGCUCUUCGUCGCCCACGAGAAAACCAAUCCCAACGCGCGCCAGGACCUGGAGCCGCACCGCGUCAAAGUCGAGAUCGACGGCGCGUCCGUCGACGCCGUCGAGUUCAACGUGAACGCGAGCUCGGCCUUCGAGGCCUACGUCGAGUCCAUGCCCAUGGGCGGCUCCCUGAGCGCCAGGCGGCCCAGCGACGCGCCGCCGCUCGUGGCGAUCGGCCAGGACGAGAUGUGCCGGCACAGCCACGAGUACACGUCCAAGUGCUGGACGCACAAGGGCGCGGCGCCCAUCGACAAGAAGUCGCGCGGGCUGGCGGUCCACGUCAGCGGCUUCGUCUCCCGCGCCCAGAAGAUCGGCUUUGGCUUCCCGCUCGACGAGGCGACGCUCGCGGCCAUCAACGCGCACCGCGCGGGCAAGCAGUACCCGGUCACGAUGUCCGGCGUCGACGUCGGCCAGGCCUGGAUCAAGGUGCAGGAGCAGCAGGGCGUGGCCCAGCCGACCAAGGACAUGCCGCCGCUGAAGAAGAACGUGCCCGCGGGGUACUGGGACAACGCGGUCGACAUCUGCGCCGUCGGCUUGUGGCACAUGAACCCGGGUGCGAACAAGGAGGGCUGGUGGCUGGGCGUCCACAUCAUCGUGCACACCUACGACGUCAUCCAGGCGUUCGAGUUCGUCUACGGGAAGCUCUCGGGCGCCGCGACGCCGUGCCAGGCCCUCUUCUACUUCGACCACAGCGCGCAGCACGGCCACUCGAAGCCGGACGCGCUCUCGACGACGCAGAUGAACCUCUCGUGGGGCGGCGACCAGCCCAUCGUCCGCGACACGGUCAUCGAGCGCUCGGAGGGCUUCCUGGGACCCUUCGAGCCCAUGCUCAAGCCCGGCGAAACGCAGCACGGCUAUUUUGAUAAUCCGUCGGCGCCGCCCGUGGACGACCCCGCGGCGCCGCCCGGGAACGGACGCCGAGCCACGGCCAAACCCAAACCGCCGAAGCAUGGCGCGGAGUACUACCGCGCAUCGGCGCUUUCCGAUGCCAACGCGACGGCGGAGGCGAAGAUCCGGGCGGCGACGACGGAGGCGGGCGUCGCGUGGGUCCAGAUCCCCGCGGACGACGCGAAGGCCUACGUGCAGGCGCGGUCGAUCAAGGAGCAGGGCAAGCGGGCGGCCACGGCGCCCAAGGACAAGAAGGUCGGGUCGCUCCGGGCGCGCGCGGCGACGUACCACUCGGAGAACGCGUCCAUCACGAUCGAUCUCGGGUCGAAGCCGCCGGGCUACGACGAGUGGCGCGCGGCGCUCGAGGUCCACGCGGCGAGCGUCACGGGCUUCCUCGGCCAGCCCAAGGGCGGGAAGCAGCUGCUCAGGGAGCGCGGCCUCUGGCACCAGGGCAUGUCGUGGACGGGGAAGAAGGACACCUACGGCGUCCCCGAGACCGUCGACAUCGACGGCGUCGCGCGGUCGACGUGUGCCAAGGACGUCCUCGCGGCGUGCUGGGACUACCAGAACGAGACCUCGGAGCUCGAGCAGAUGGUCACGGACCUCGGGCACCGCGCCAUGUUCACGCCCAAGGGCCACUGCGAACUUGCCGGCGAGGGUAUCGAAUACGACUGGGGCGUCGCCUCGCGGUGGAAGCGCAAGAACGGCCGCGACGAAGACCAGCACCUCCAGGAGGACACGCUUCGCUCGUUGUCGCCGAAGGUGCUGCCCGUGUUGCGCGUGCGCAUGUUCGAGCGGACGGCGUGGCGCUACAAGCAGGCGUACCGUCGAGUCACCCGCGGCGAGGCCACGGCUGGCGAGUUCGCGGAGGUCGAGCGGCUCCAGAAGGAGAUCAGGCGCCACCGCGACGCCGAGGUCGAACUAGCCGCGCUCGAGGGCCGCCGCGAGAACCCGCUUGCCGCCCUCGAUGCGCCCCCGGGGACGGCUCCGGUCCGCGCGGCGACGGCCGCGGGCCCCUGA